CCAGAGCCACCCCCUCUUCCCGCCCACGUUGCGUAUACGCAAACACAAAACCGAAAGCGAGUGCACCGAAAGCCGCAGUAUCCAUUCGCACGUCACGUGGCACCAAGCAUGUCUUAAAGGCCGCCCUCGCAAUCGAACAGUAUGGAACGCGGCUGUGGCUUCUAUGUGGUGAUAGUGAUUCUGCUGCUGAUCUGCGGGGCUGUCUCGAUCGGGGGUCAGAGUGCGCCGCUGAUAGACUCCGUGUGCCAGGCGGUGCAGAGGCAGCAGCUCGAGUGCCAGGUGCAUCGCGUGGAGACCGCCGAUGGAUAUCGGCUGAGUGUGCACAGGAUUCCCGCCCCCCGCAAUCCCCGGUGCCCCCAGCACCUGCGCCCCUUUGUCCUGAUGCACGGCCUCCUCGGCUCCGCCGGGGAUUUCGUGGCGGGCGGGAGGGGAAGAUCGCUGGCCCUGGAGCUGCAUGCCCGCUGCUUUGACGUCUGGCUGGGGAAUGCCAGGGGCACCACCCACUCCCGCGGGCACCGCACUCUGGCCACCGGCGACGCCCGCUUCUGGCAGUUCAGCUGGCACGAGAUUGGCAUCUACGACCUGCCCGCCAUCGUGGACUACGUGCUGGCGAGGACGAGUCGCCGGCAGGUGCACUACGUCGGCCACUCGCAGGGGACCACGGUGCUCCUGGUCCUGCUGUCUCAGCGGCCGGAGUACAAUGCGCGGUUCGCCAACGCGGCUCUGAUGGCUCCGGUGGCCUUUCUCCAGCACCUGAGCAGUCCGCCGCUGCGACUGCUGGCCAGUGACAGUGCCGGGGUCACGCUGCUGCUGAACAAACUUGGCCUCCACGAACUGCUGCCGGCGACGGCGCUGACCCAGGUGGGCAGCCAGUUCUUCUGCACCGCCUCCCGACCCACCUACGCCCUCUGCACCCUCUUCACCUCCCUCUACGUGGGCUUCAGCGACUAUCCAUUGGAUCGUGUUUUGACAAAGAAAACGGACAAUUAGAGCAUUCCAAAAAGGACUUUAAGAAUUCCUGCAUAGUGUGCCACCGAAAAUGUGCUCUAAACUUCUUCCCCGCCCCUGCAAAGUGCUCGAACUUCCCUCUCCAUCCGAAAACGCCGCUCCAGCUGGCGGCUAACUAGAGUAUAACACACAUUACGUAUACGCCACGCUGCCUUAAACACUUUUUGUUUCCGCGCACACGGUACAUUUAAAUUUUGUUUUGCCGUGAAAUAUGGCAAAUAAAUCGCGACCAUGUAACGAAGGAAAAAACUUUAUGGCUUAUCUGUGUGUUCGGAGUGUUUUCGGGGCGCGUGCUCAAAAGGCUUACCAUCUGCAUUUGAAUCUGAAGUGAGUUAGUUGUUGGUGUGUUUUCGGGGCGGAUCUGGGGUCGGGGUCACUCCCUGGCGCCAAGAGCCGCUUGUAAGUUAUUAAAGUGGGGGCCUUGGCCAAUUGGCUUCGGCCCUGGACACUGGGAAGCCAAAGCUGGCUCUGGAGUUUUAUAGUUACCCGGAGAGCACGAAAAAAGGUUGGAAAGUUCCCGCGGAUAUAGUUCUUAAAUCUUUUUACAUAUGCACCCAUAAAUAAGCAUUUCAGGCGCUGAAUAAUCCAAGGGUUAAGUGAGGAAUGGUUCUAGAAAUGCAUUUUUUAGCUCGACUCUAAAUCGAAAGUAAGUCUAUUGGGGCAAACAAAAAGGAAAAUAAUUUGAUAACGAUAAAA